AUGUCACAGCAAGGUGAUAACGAUGGGCCAUCGCAUCCAGCUUCAUCUUCUGCCGAUCAACCUCAACCUGGAGGAGGAGGGGGGCCAACAGAACCCUCAGCAGCACCUACAGAAUCUUCAUCAGGGCCUCCGGCACAGCCUACGGACAUGACAGAUGAGCCACCUACAGAUCCGUCAUCGGCAGGGCCAUCUCAGCUUUCCCCAGAAGCAGAGACACAGCCUGCACCUGCACCUGCAAGACCAUCAACUCAACCAGGCUCUACGUCCCCAGAUGUGGCUUCUAGAGAUACUCAUGAAAUGACAGGAGCCGUAGCUGGAGGCUCGUCACAAGAUCCUAGGUCAAGGAGGCAACAGCCACAAGCUGGAUCAUCAAGGACACAAAGGGAGAGGCAGAAUCGGGGAGAUCCACCGCAGCCACGAGGAAAUACUCCCCCCAUAGAUACAGACGUGAUUGCCAUAGCAGGAGAUCGUGGUGGACUUAUGCGUGCUCCUCGUGCUGGAGCAGAGCCACAGGUCUAUAGGGGCAUUUUACCGGACUAUAUACACCCAAGGCCAAUUGAAGCCACUAAGCUUCCGCUCUGUAGCCUGUUCAGACAAACGAUGAAUUCAUUAUACCCUCAUCUAGAUGCUUUUCUUCAAAAAUCGUUGGAUAAAGCAUUUGAAACCAUUUACCAGAAGGUGCCCUCUGAUCUCCCUGGAGCGCCAUAUCCCAGACCGCGACGCUCCCCUGGAUGCAAGCCCAAGUGUUACUUUUCCCAUCGUUCCCUCAUUAGGGAGUUCGACCCAGGAUGGGCGGAGGACCACCGCGAGCAUGAGGGUAUUAUACCAGACGAUGCCAAUGAGGAGUGGUUCGGGAGGAAGUCCGUACAUAAGGAUAGCCAAGGGAUGGGACGUGCUUCAUUUGCAGACAUGCGAAGUUACUGGAAAGAUAGACAUACUAUACAUCUCCCAGAGUAUGUGAGUGGGAUUAAAGUGACCAACGUACAUAGAUACAACUGCGAGGAUAUAAAAUUGGUCAACUGGCGUGAUGUCACUGCUGAAAUCUGUUGGAUUGAACGUUCCGACGCUCUUCUAUCCUCACACCGUGUAUUUGCUGUGAUGGUCAUCACCGCUGCCAGAGCCUUUGACCCUGCAACCAUGGGUCGGUUGGACGCCGAACUCCCGUCGUAUGACGAGACUGCUGACUCUCGGCCAAAGCCAAUUCCAAAGCCAGGGCAAAAUUACGCAGAUAUUCCACCUGAAGGUGACCCUAGAAGCUCGAGAGAUGCCGAACCUGCGCCAGAAUCUAGGGGUGAAGCCGGAAGCUCAAGGGAUGCCCAACGUUCACCUGAAUCUGCACGGUGCGAGGCCGGAAGCUCAAGGGAUGUCCAACCUGCGCCCGAAUCUACACAGUGCGAAGCUGGAAGCUCAAGGGAUGUCCAACCUGCGCCUGAAUCUACACAGCGCGAAGCUGGAAGCUCGAGAGAUGUCCAACCUGCGCCUGCAGAACCAGCACCUAUCGGACCGGUUCCAGCUAGAGGGGUCCCAGAAGGUUGGCUGGACAGCCUGGUUGUUGUACAUCUUCCUCUCGAUCAUCGAUGUAUUCCUCGCACACCAAAAGAGCAUCCCAUUAAGCGGACUAUCUUCCCUACGUACGUCUCUGUUGGAAUGGUGAGACAGUUGCCCAAAACCUCCGAGGAAGAAAAAGACAACAAGACUGGGAAAUACGAAUGGUUAUUUGCACUCUCAGCAAAACCGCAGAGUAGAAUGCCCUUGCGAUGGCAGCAAGAUUUGUACGUCGGCAUUCCACAUGUCAUCAAGGAUGAGCCUGGAGAAUUUAUGCGGAUGAUGGGCUGGCGUCGGUACAACGAUCGCCCACGGCCAAAAUCUUUAGUCCGGUUUAUGUGA